AUGAAAUUUAGCACAAAUGAUUCACUUUAUGAGACAGAGAAGCAACAACUUCUGGAAUGAAUAAAACAAAAGAGAACUCAGGUGCAAGAACUUUUGUUGCAGCAAAUUGCUUUCAAAAACCAACAGAAUGAACAGACUCAGAGCUCAGCAUCUGUGAAUUCCACACUAGCACUGCCUCUUCUAGCAAUAAAGACACAGAAACAAACUAUUAUAGAUUGCAGAAUUUCCUCUGACAAAUAUGAAUAUCUUUUCAAUUUUUAUGAUGCUUUUGAAAUCCAUGAUGACACUGAAGUAUUGAAAUGAAUGGGAAUGUCAUUUGGCCUAGAGGCAGGCAAGUGCUCAUCAGAAGACUUAAAAAGUGCUAAAUCACUAGUGCCAAAAGCUUUAGAAAAUUAUGUCACAGAUAUAUCUACAGGAAUGUAUUGGUUGAAUCAGGAAGGGGUGUUAAAUUCUGUUAAAUCAGCUUCCACCUUGAUGACAACUGGGGGCACUGCUAUUGUUAAGUCAAGGUAAAAUACAUAUAUUGCAUAUGGACA